CAGGGCCACGCGGACCCCGAGGGUCAGUACCAGAACCACCUGGAGGCCGAGGGGCUCUACGGCGACCCCGAGCUGCCCUACCCCGGCCACGGCGACCCCGACGGGGCGUACCCGGCUCACCUGGAGCGCGACGGGACCUACCCCGAGCACCUGGAGCACGACGGCGGCUACGCCGAGCACCUGGAGCGGGAGCGGCCCUACCUGGAGCGCGACGCGCAGUUCGAGGCGCUGGCCGAGCGCGACGGGCCCUACCCGGGCCGAAAGGAGCGGGACAGAGCCUACCUGAGCCGGGCCGAGCGGGACGGGCCCUACGCGGCCCGCGUGGAGCAGGAGGGGCAGUUCCACGGCUGCCUGGAGCGGGACCUCCAGUACCAGCCGCACCUGGAGCGAGAGGGGCAGUACGGGGGCAGGAUGGAGCAGGACGGGCAGUACCCGGGCAGGAUGGAGCAGGACGGGCAGUACUCCAGCCGGAUGGGGCAGGACGGGCAGUACCCGGGCAGGAUGGACCGCGAGGGGCCGUUCCCGGGCAGGAUGGAGCAGGACGGGCAGUACCCGGGCAGGAUGGACCGCGAGGGGCCGUUCCCGGGCAGGAUGGAGCAGGACGGACAGUAUUCCACCCGGCUGGACCGCGAGGGGCCGUACCCGGAGCGGGACGGGCAGUACGCGGGCAGGAUGGAGCAGGACGGGCAGUAUGCCACCCGGCUGGACCGCGAGGGGCCGUACCCGGGCCGGCUGGAGCGCGAGGGGCCGUUCCCGGGCAGGAUGGAGCGCGAGGGGCCGUUCCGGGCCCGGGACGGGCACUACGGGAGCUGCUGGGAGCGGGAGUGGGCGCGGGCGCCGCUGAGCCGCGGCGCGUCCCGCAGCUCCAGCCCCGGCGGGGGACACAGCACCAGCGCCAGCACCAGCCCGGCCACCACCCUGCAGCGCAAGUACGGCACGGCCGGGGGGCGAAAACGGG